CGCUCAGUUUGCUUUAACGAUGGUAGAGUUUGCUGACUGGCGAUGAUUUCGUCGUGCAUCUUUUUUUUCGUCCCUUUUUCAUCUCUCUUCCAUUCCCAUCCACCCUCGGACGCAUUUCCCCGUUUGCUGUUUUCCUUUUUUUGUCGUUGACCUGUUCUAUUUUCACAUUUUCGAUAUUCCGUCGCUCCGAUCUUAUACACGCAUAUUGUUUUCCUUGGUUUCCUUUUCCUCUGUCUUUACAAGUCAUGUUCUAGGUAUACACUCGUUUCUGGGCUGGCUCUCACUUCCAUUUCAAAAAGCUGCUCCACUACUAAAAAAAAACGUGAGAGGAAUUCAUAUUUACUCGAGUCAACAUAACUACCUACCUACUCAGAAUUCGUGUCUUUUUUUCCUUUAUCAAACACCACCUCGUUCAUGGAUUGCAUGAUACGACUUUAAUCACUCAGACAUGUUCCUCUCGAGGGCUCUCGCGGCCACUCUGGCAGCCGUAGCGCUCCUCACUCAGUCUGGCACUGCACACUCAACGGAUAGACAACCACUACGAUAUGUCAGCAGACUAGAGGAGCCCGUCAUUCAUACGGAUGCCAACUCGAGGCGGGUACAUGCCUUCUCAUCCUUUGAGCUGUCCUUCAUCCUUCACAAUGGGCGACAAAAAGUAAGGCUUUCGCUUGCUCCGAAUCACGAUAUUAUUUCAAAGGAUGCCGUGGUACAUAUCAUGGGCGCAGACGGCAAGGUGCGCGCCAUAGAACCUCUUGAUCGCCUGGAGCACAAAAUAUAUCAGGGCCAAGCCUUUGUGUUACGAGAAGGCCAUAACGACUGGGAGAACGUCGGCUGGGCCAGGGUCAACAUCCAGAGGGAUGGUGUUCACCCCAUAUUUGAAGGCGCUUUCAGGAUCGACGGCGACGAUCACCACAUACAGACCGAUGAAACCUACCGAAAGACGAAGCAGCGCGCCGACCCGGAGAUCGAGUGGUCAGCCGAGGAGUACAUGGUAGUCUGGAGGGACUCGGAUAUCGGAGAUGGCCCACACGGCCACGAUGGAGACGACGGGCCGAGCCAAGGUGAACUGAAGAAGCGGAAUUUGUCUGCUAGGUCGCCGCUUUGCUCUUCCGACGGUCUUGACUUCAAUGCCGACGACUCGCAUCCGAUAUAUCGCGGACUUGACACGAGAGAUCUGGACUCUGGCAUGAGCGUCAGCGGGCUGCCUAGCGAGCUGAUGCGCCGUCAGGACCAGACACAGAUGGGCAACGGUGCGGGUGUCAACCUGGCCUCGUCCGUUGGCUCUACCAUCGGCUGCCCCACAACUAGGAAGGUUGCUCUACUUGGCGUUGCGACUGAUUGUACAUAUGGCAAGCAGUUCAACUCGUCCAUGGCAAUCCGGCAAAACAUCAUCGCACAAGUUAACACGGCAUCGCAAGUGUACGAGAGCAGCUUCAACAUCUCCCUAGGCAUACAAAAUCUUACAAUCAGUGACAACAACUGUCCGGCUCAGGCCACAGAGCAGGCUCCUUGGAAUGUGGAUUGCGGCGGCGGGGUGACCAUCACCGAUAGGCUGAAUCUAUUCUCGGCUUGGAGAGGCAAUUUCAAGGAUCGGAACGCCUUCUGGACCCUGCUGACAACAUGCAACACUGAUGCGGCUGUUGGUUUGGCCUGGCUGGGGCAGCUCUGCGUCGAGGGCUCGGUCAAGCCAGGUGCCGGAAACACCAACGAAACGAUCGCCGGUGCGAAUGUCGUCGUGAAGACGUCGCAGGAGUGGCAGGUCAUUGCCCACGAGAUUGGCCACACCUUCGGUGCUGUCCAUGACUGCCAGGCUGGCACAUGUGCUGACGGCACGGUGACCAAGCAACAGUGCUGCCCACUGAGCGGUAACUCGUGCGAUGCCAAGGGCCAGUUUAUUAUGAAUCCCUCAACGGGGAGCAAGAUCACCAACUUCUCACCCUGCACCAUCGGUAAUAUUUGCUCCGCCAUAGGUCGCAACAGCGUCCGAUCGAGCUGCUUGGCUAGCAACAGAGACGUCAAGACCAUCACAGGAAGUCAAUGCGGCAACGGUAUUGUCGAGGCCGGCGAGGAAUGCGACUGCGGAGGUCCAGAUGGCUGCAAGGGCAACCCUUGUUGCGAUGCCAAAACUUGCAAGCUCACCUCGGGAUCGACCUGCGAUUUUGCCAACGAGGAGUGCUGUGACCGCCAGUGCAAGUUUGCAAGUGCGGGUACCGUAUGCCGUGCCAGUAUCGGAUCUUGCGACCCUGCCGAGACAUGCAGCGGCACCUCGGGUGUGUGCCCGAAUAACGCGUUUGCUCCAAACGGCCAGGCAUGUGGAGAGUCAGGCCAGAACCUGGCCUGUGCCUCGGGCCAGUGUACUUCACGCAACCAACAGUGCAAGACACUCAUGGGAUCGCUCACUACGGGCAAUGAUACUUAUGCUUGCAGUAACUCGGGAUGCCAGCUUAGCUGUGCGUCUCCAGAGUUUGGCAAAGAUACCUGCUUCACAAUGAUGCAGAACUUCCUCGACGGCACAGCCUGCCAAGGUGGCGGAAAGUGCAGCAACGGAGCUUGCACAGGUUCCUCCUUUGCUGGCGAGGUCGGCACGUGGCUGACCGACAACAAAAACAUAGUUCUUCCCGUUGCCUGUGCGGUCGGAGGGUUGGUGCUUUUGGCACUGCUGUGUUGUUGCUGGACGGCUUUUGCUCGCAGAAAGUCGAGGCGGCUCCGUAAGCAAAAGAAGAAGGCAGCAGCGGCUGCACUAGCAGCGAAGUCCUCUUCGUCCCAAAAGAAGCAAGCCAUGGUCUCGAUCAACGAGGUGCCCCCACCUGGAUGGCAACCACAAGGGGGUGCUUAUGGGCAAAACCAGCGCACCAUGAACGGCAACCUACAAGCACCACCCGCUGCUGCCACCCGAGACUACAGCCGAAGCCCGCAUAACAAUGGGCAAUGGCAACCGCCUCAGCGGCAGUAUACUAGCGCUAGGUAUGCCUAGUGACGCUGUAAGAGGUGGUGGCGUAAUAGUGUUGGGAAGAUAAGGACCGACUUAGCCUGGCAAGUCUACGCGAUUGCAUCCAUGAUAGCAUUGGGACCGGCGUUUCUACUACUCCGUUGUUUUCUUUUCCGGAAUCUAACCAACAAACUUGGUGAAUACUCUGGUUACUGUUCUUAUUCUUUUUCUUUUCUAUUGCGAGCAUGGCAAGCGGUCUGCGAUAUCCUGGUGGUAUAUAUACGCGGUUUUCUAUACUCAGAUGUGCUUUUAGUUUUUCCCUCGGUCAUCAUUGCCGCAGAGUUCCAUUCAGGUCCUGUACAAUACCCUCAUAUUAGAAGAAGAAGAAACAGGACUUAUUAUGAAAGGGCAUUGUUACUUUCGAGUAUUCAUUAUCCUUCUGAUCAUUACUAGCAGUAUGGAUAUAAUCAUCUCGAACCAUUCUUCCGUUCCA